AUGAUUAUAUCUGAAAAAUAUCGCUUGGAGGACGAGGAUCUUCAGCAUAGGCCUCCUGAAGGUAAACUUCUUAGGCGUUAUCUUUGGAUGCAUAGAACCUCUGUGCCCGAAGAGAUAGCAUCACCAUCAUUAUAUGAAUCAAAGGUUUUCCACCGCUCACUCUCUCAGCCAAGACCGGAAACCAGAAGCUUUGCAAACCACGGCCUUCUUAGUAGCUUACUUAGCAUCAUAUUUUUAGAGGAACCUCACAAAGCGGAAUCGGGUGCACUUGAAUUCGUAAUUAAUCCUAAUAUUGCCAAGAAAACGAUAGUUCCAUAUGUCAUUCAAGAAAUCGACAUCAUGCAUAACCCCAUCAAAAUAACAAAGGAAAUGCAUAGUAUGGUGAUGGAUGGAGCUGUCAGAUUUCUUACAAUUCAGAAACAUCCCAGCCUCCAUCCCGGCAUGUCGCUGCCUGCCCCUUCACCUUGGCAACAUAACAACACGACCGGCCCUUCAGUAGCCCUUAACAUGAGCGUCAACAUCGAUCUUAACCCGGCUUUGCUGAUUGCCGCUUCUGCUGCUGACCAUGGAGUGUCUUCACCGCGGACCUCACUGCCUCCAGCGAGAUACGGUGUCUUGAGGAGGCGAGGGCGCGCAAUCCCUGAGGAGCACCUUGAGAAGACCAACGCUGUGGCUCCUGCUAAGGCCGCUGGAGAGCCGCCUGCUGAAGCCCCACCCCAGAGCCCAGUUGAGACCCCGGUCGAGACCCCAGAGGAACCCCCUGCUCAGCCUCCAGCCAAGACGCCGGCCAAGAGCGCUGGCGAAACUCCCGCUGAGCCACCAGCUGAAGUUCCCAAAGAAGUGCCCGCUGAGACCGCAGUCAAGGCUCCGGCUGAAGUUCCGGCCGAGGUCCCAGAGGAGACCCCAGCCGAAACCCCAGACGAAUCCCCAGCUAAGGCCCCUGCUGCGGCGCCCGUUAACAUCCCGGUUGAAGAGCCCGCCGCCCCGGUCGAGCCUCCGGAGAACCCCGCCGACGCCGAGGAAGGAGAGAAAUCCGGCCAAGAUCCUUCGGCGCCACCGGAGGAGAGCGAGAAGGAGGACAAGGCAAGCGAUCCGGCCGAGGCUCCCCCCGCUGUGCCUUUCGCAGCACCCAUUCCCGAGGGACUUCCGAAGGGCAACGGGACGACCGAAGCGCCUGAAAACGCCACCUCGCUGGGUGCCGUUGCUGUAGAAGGCGUGUCUGACGAAGUCACUUCUACGAAGGCGGAAUCCACGACAACCACCGAAGCGCAGGUGAUGCUCAAUGAGACUACUGAAGCAGUUGAAGUUUCCUCUGAAGUUCCUCCUGCUGCGUCUCCUGAAGUCCCUCCUGGAGUGCGAGUGAAUCAGGAUGAUGUCAGUCUCAUUAACUUCCCCGGUGAGACGUCGAUGGCUUUGUCGGUGUGCUUAGAUGCCCCCAACCCCGGGGUGUGUCGCGGCGCCUUCCCCAAGUUCUACUUCGACCCCGUCACGAGGACCUGCCGCCAGUUCCUCUACGGAGGCUGCAGCGGGAAUGAGAAUAAGUAUAACACGGCGGCUGAGUGCUACGAGAAUUGCUUUCCUCAAGGACAGUCGAGCCACGCAAGAAGCACGGGAAGAACGGACAGUGACACUAAGAACACGUAUCUGGCACUCCACGAUGGCACGGGCACCUCGACGCUCACCUUCACCGGCGACGGGGCGGCAGCCAAGGUUAAGGGCGCCUCUCUCCAGGACUUCCGGGUCAACGGCGCGUACCAACUUCAGUUCUACUUCAGGACCGAUUUACCGCAUGGCCUUAUUGCUUUCUUGCGUCAGGAAUCUGUGCCCGAAGAGCUGGCCGGAAUGAGGAUCCAGUUAUACGUGUACUUGAAGAAGGGUCACUUGGCACUCACACACAUCUUCGGCAACACCACUGAGUCCCUCGUUAUGCAGAGAGGCGGUCUCCAGGGGGGCAACUGGCACUCGGCGGUGGUGAAGGUGGACUCGAAGACGGGCGCAGUCGUGAUGGAGGUCGACAGCCACCACGAGGUCUUCACACUCGAGAGCCUCGCGAACAACCCGCAGUACGCCAGCGGACGUCCUCUCGAAGGGUUCAUGUCGUCCCUCUGGAUUGGAGGUGUUUUCUCAAAGGACCUGGAAAGCGAGGACGUGGUACUAGGAAUAGUUCCCUUCCACGGUUGUUUGCAGGACGUGAAGCUCCUUAGUGGGGAUUCCCUCGACACUAUGCAAUACGUAAUGAAGAUGAGGACGACGAAGCACUCUGGUGUGACGGAGCACUGCAGUAAUAAACGUGCCAGUACUAAGCCUGAGCGGGGACGGAAUUUAUUUAUUUCCUUUCCAUCGACGAAAUUCUUCGACUCGAUCCUCUUCCUACGCAUCCUCCGAAAUCCUCGAGAAACAGUAUAUCCGCGCAUCAUCGAGCCGUACUAUUUACCACUCGAGGUCGACCUGGCGAAGUACACGGGAGUCGAGUCGGCGAGUAACGUGAACUCGACAACCUUGGCACACCGCGGAGUCACGCUCGUGCCACCCGUGAUAUUCAACCACAGAACAGAAGCCACGAUCGUCAUCCCGGGCGAAAUCCGCUAUUUCCACCUCGAUCCCGAUUUCUACGUCGGCAACGCCCCCGACCUCACCAGGUACUGCGGCCUUCCAAUGGGACCCGGAACACGCAUGGGCCCGGGAUGCGAUAAGAACAUCACAAGCUAUUACUACGACGUGACGAAGGGUACUUGCGAAGCUUUCACGUAUUCAGGAUGCGGCGGGAACGUGAAUCGGUUUGAAGAUGAAGAGACUUGCAUGGAUAAGUGUAAUAGGCCAGGCUUGCGAUCCUUCAACACCUUCCUGGGUUGCCUCGAGAAAGUGUUCUUCAACGACUUCCUGCCCGUCACCUUCUCGACGGAGAGCGCCAGCGUGAAGUUGAGGAACGAACGCGGCUCGAACUUCCACGUCACCAUCUCUUUCAAGCCCAGCGAGGCGGAGGGCGUGCUCGCCUCGGGACACCUGUGGCACGAUAAGCACUACGUCACCUUCUAUAUCCACGACGGCCGGAUGGUCCUUAAGCCGGACACCAAGAUCAAGACCGGACACUGGCAAUACGUGGACAUCCGCUACGAUAAGAAGACACAGCUGAUGAAAAUGCGACUGAACGACAAACACGUGAGCAGCAAGAAGGGGGAACUGACCAAGAACACGACCUUCUCCUCGGAAAUCACCAUCGGCUCCAACGUUCUUGAUCUUCAUCCAGGCUUUGUGGGCUGCAUCCGAACCCUGGAGCUGGGAGGAGAGCAAGUGGCGGCCCGGGCCAUCGUCGACACCCCGAUGGCUACCAAGGACGUGACGUUUGAUAACUGUGAGGUGCUGGGGCCCUGCGAGAGGCCCGGCGCCUGCGAGCACGGGGGCAAAUGCACUGUGAUUGACGACGACAUCAGCUGCAACUGCACAGGCACUGGGUACACGGGCAAAACUUGUCAUUUCUCGCUGUACCGCCGUUCGUGCGAGCAGUACCGCCAGAUCGGAUACAACGCUACGGGGAUUUACAAGAUUGACCCGGACGGCAACGGACCCCUCCCUGCUGCCUACGUGAACUGCUCCUAUAAUACAGUGACGAGGGAAACCACCACCACUGUCGUUCAUAACCUGCCAGAGGACUACUUGGUGCGCAGCAAAGGGAAGAAGGACAUGCAAAUAGAACUCGAAUAUAGAGAUUUCACGCCAGAGAUGCUCAAGUCAUUUGUCAGUCAAUCGAAGUCCUGCAGCCAAGAGAUUAAGUACAACUGCAGGAGAUCACCCCUGAAACUGUCUACAAGGACUUGGUUCUCUUCCCCUUCUGACGACUUCUUCACGUACUUUGGAGCGUCGAAGGAGGGCCUGUGCAAGUGCAAAGAACUGAAUAUAUGCCAGACAAAGGAUAUUCCUUGCAACUGUGACCUGGGUGACGGAGUACCCAGGAGCGACACAGGCGUAAUCACAGACCCCGAACUCCUCCCUAUCACCUCCAUGACGUUCCUGCGUGACCGUUAUGGGGAGAAGGAGGAUACGGAGGGAACUUCUGCCAAACACACCGUAAGCUUCACCAACCCCUCGAGCUUCUUAGAGGUACCAGGCUGGAGAGAAGGAAGCCUCUACUUUAGCUUCAAGACGACCUCGAAACGACCUGUCGUGGCCUACCAGCCUGCCAAUCACCCUGGCCACGCCUCCUUCGUCAUCUCGCUCGCAGGAGACAAAGAGCUCGAGUUCACAUACAGAUACCGAGACCAGGUCAAGCGAACUGUCCUGACCUCGAAGCGUCGCCUCAACACAGGUCACUGGCAGCAGGUCCGCAUCGACAUCCACCAGCAGCAGAUGCGUGUCAUCCUUAACUCCGAGGAAAAGCUGUUCGACGUCGAUUUCGAUAUUGUGCUCGACGGUUCUAUGUACCUGGGGGCGAUUCCAGACUUCCCUGCAUCACGCAAAGGCAUGUAUUAUGAUCGUAUUACAUUAGCCAACGUAAUGUAUUUGAAAGAAGACAUCAAGAGCCACAUCAAGAAUUCCAAGGACGACCUCGAGGGACUCGAAGGCCUGGUGGGAUGCGUCCGCGGCCUCACCCUCGACGAGGAAGUGAUCGACCUGAAGAGAUUCAUCCGGGCAUCCGCGCACGGCGUCAUGGAGGGCUGCAUGCCCUCGUGCGACCCCAACCCCUGCCAGAACGGUGCCCGGUGCGUGGAGGGCUGGGGCGCGUACCGCUGCGAGUGCUCCAACCCCUACGCCCACUUCGGAAGAAACUGCGAGACAAACAUCAACGAGAACGCGAUCACCUUCAGAACUCAGGACGCGAAGGUAAAAUACUUCACAAACGACACGGAGGCUCUGGGAAGGUUCAAUCUUCUCAACAACACCUUCUUGCUCAACUUCAGAACCCACGACACGUCUGCCUUGAUCCUCUUCGCCCACGACUGGUUGCAUAAUUUCGUGCAACUUGUUCUCGACGCGCCUGAUAAGCUGGUCUUCCUCUUUAACAGUGAGAAGGAGGUCACACAGGUGCAGGUGGAGGCCACGAAUGGCGUGGUGUUCAACAAGGGCCAGUCCGUGGAGGUCCUGGUCAAGCGCACGGCGACCUGCACGACCCUCGAAGUGUUCACGCUCGGCCAGACGUUCAGCAGGAUGGAGCACAAGGGCCUGCGUCUCCUGCAGCCCGACGAGUACGAGCAGUUCCCCUUCGGCACGAGCAGGCCGCUGCCGGGGAUGGCUUACCUUGGCUCUGCCGAUGACAUGUCAAGUGAUGUCAAGUGUAUAACCAAAGGAAUGAUUGGAUGUCUCAGAGGACUUCGAAUCGGGGAUCAAGAUGUCUCGCUGCCCAGGCUUUCGGCUGAGUCGGACUUCAAGAACGUCAAUAACUUCCACUGUGACUGCUUGGGCACGUCGUACACGGGGCCGUCUUGUUCUGCGGAGUCAGCCUUCACCUUCAGAGGAGACCAGUGGAUGAGCAAAGCCAGUAAUUCGUCUGUUAUUGGUGACUUCACUCUCGAAUUCGCCUUCUCGGCUUCGAAGGUUGUCAGCGACCCACAGCUGAUCUUGUUCCUCAGGUCCACCGACCCAAGCACUGCCCACGACUAUCUUCUGGUGGGGGUGGAAAGUGACGGGUCCCUCUUGAUAGAGGUACAGUUCUCCGACUUAGACUCACAGGAGGUGCACGGGGCUAAGCUCACGCCCUCAGCCCACCAGAUUGAUGUCUUUGACGGGUACAGGCACCACGUGGUCAUCACAAGGUCGCCGACUGAAUGGACGCUGAAGGUGGACGGACAAGAACAUACAACUUUCCCAUUACGAUCUGUGUACGACGUCUCGACAAGUCUCAGGCAAGAUGGUACAUAUUUGUACCUAGGCGGCGUAGAGACAGGAACAGAUGAUCGCUUCAGUCGCUACGUAAACUUCCACGGCUGUAUUUCAAACGUUGAGAUCGACUACGCUGGGGGGAAACUACGCCCACUUUCCAUGACUCUGCGAAGGGAUAUGCACAUCGCCAAGAGCAGCCUGCCUCCUUCGGAAGGGUCCUGCGCUGCCUUCGGGGCCGGCGGAGCUCCGAGCCUCCUUCGCGGAAUCGGGGAAGAUAACACCAUGAUCGCGGUACGUAGCCUCCGACCCAGUAACCUCAAUAAUCAUUAA